AUGUCCCAAUACGUGACCAACCUGUUUGCGAAUUCCCCUCUGCUAACAUACAGUCCUCCUGUCGGGCAGAACCUCAGCACAGGCUGGAUGAACAUACCCUUCGUAGAUGUCGAGCCACAAUAUGUUACUUCCCUGCCUAAGGCUUCCGUUUCCUUCGACUUCUACGGCGAUCAGUUCGAACUAUCAGGGAUGCUGACUGCCUUCGCCGCCGGGGACGCUCCUCCAUGCGACUUCAACGUUUCAAUCAACGGGGUGCUACAAAAUGAGACGUCUUACUACCACCCGUACAAUGACCUUCCGCUCGGGGAACAUCAUGUGGAAGUCACAUUCUUUUGCCCGCAAGAGGGGCAGGAGGUCGCCUUCACCGGACCAGCCUUCGUUGAAACUCAGGGGAAAAUCUUGAAGCAGUCCAAUCCAUACCUGAACAUCUCCCAGAUCAGCACGCUGGGCGAAUGGACCGUCACGCCCACUUUUCAAUAUACGACUACGUCACUGCUCUCUACUCUCGUCUACUCAUUCAAAGGCGUCCACACGCAGAUAUUCGGCGCCGUCGGUCCUACCUCAGGACCGUAUCUCGUCACACUCGACGCCAUACCUCAGCCGCUGCGGACAGCAUAUAAUCCGGUUGCUGGACCGACGACGGUGCUAUGGUUUGCACAAGAGUUGGAGGAGAAGGAACAUACGGUUACGAUUACGAACUUUGGAAAGAACUUGACGGUCCAGGCGAUCCAGUACACAGACCUGCUUUAA